UGCAUUGCAGUUAAAUAAAUAUAGCCUACAGUUGGUUUUCUUAUAUUUUGUAUCAUAAAAUAGUGUGCUGAAAAUCCACACAAAAGGAAAAUGUUUUGCCUCAUUCUGGUCAUUUAUUAAGGUUUGCCUCAGACACUGACGGAGAUAUUAUAUCUGAUACAGUUGUCAAUAUAGGCAGGCGCUUUGUUGACAAUUUAGGAGCAUGUCCUGCCUCGGUGUUUUGGGCUCAGGGGGCGUGUACUGAGGGGGUGGCCUGUUUACAUGCCUUAUUCUAAGGUGAGGUGCAUCGGCUGCGGACGCUUGGGAUGCUUUGCGCUGAUUGGCUGGCGUUUACGAUCAAUGGCACGCGACUAUGGAUGUAGUUAUAAGAGUCCUCGCGUGCCGCCUUUCAAACCGAACCAACUCUUGAGCAUCAAGAGGAAAGCUCGAAAAGUUGGCGAUUGUUGUUACUGGGCAACCCCAACACAGCACAGAAAAAUGGACACUGUGUUGGAUCCAUUCACAGGCUUGGACUCCUUCUCCUCCCCUUAUUUCGACGACGAUGACUUCUUCACGGACCACUCGUCGAGAGACCACUUGGACACAGACGACUUUUUGGACGAGGACGUCGAUUUCCUCACCAGUCAAAUCCAAGAGUAUUAUAAAGACAGUCGGAUAGCCCAGGACGGAGACUACUGUGACGUUGGCAACUUCUCCUUUUCCUCGUCGUCUUCGACUUUCUCGUACGGAUGCGCUGACAGCACCUCGGAGCUGUCCCCUCACAGAGACGGGCUGUUACUGAAGAGGCGGAGGCGCAUGAGAUCCGAAGCAGAGAUGCAACAGUUGCGUCAAGCUGCUAACGUCCGGGAGCGGCGGAGGAUGCAGUCCAUUAACGAUGCGUUCGAGGGACUGCGAUCUCACAUCCCUACCCUACCAUACGAGAAGAGACUUUCAAAAGUUGACACUUUACGUCUGGCAAUCGGCUACAUAAACUUUCUUGCAGAACUCGUGCAGUCCGAUAUGCCGAUCCGGAACCCACACAGUGAUACUUUAAACCAACCUAAAAAAGUCAUAAUUUGCCACAGAGGAACAAGAUCCCCAUCUCCAAAUGACCCAGACUACGGGUUGCCUCCUCUCGCCGGACACUCUCUUUCAUGGACUGAUGAGAAGCAGUUAAAGGAUCAAAACAUCAUUAGAACAGCGAAAGUCUGGACACCAGAGGACCCCCGAAAGUUGCACUUGAAAUCAUCCAUAAACAACAUUGAGAAUGAACCCCCCUUUAACUGUAUUUCCUGAGGCAGUGCCGUUAUUAUCCUGAAUACACACUGUGUGUCUGAAUUGUAUGGAUUUAUUUCCAUUUAUUUUGUUUAUUUGUAAUAUAUUAUUGUGACUAUCCGUUUUUCAGCUUUUUUGUCUGAAUUGAACAUAAGGCCACUGGCAAUCAUUUUGUGUUGUAUUUAAUUGCUUUAAUUCUGCUGUAAUAUAUUUUUCUAAUUUAAUACUGAUUUUAUGUCAAAGAAAACAUAUUUUUAUACAAACGAAACACGAAAAAUAUUUGUCUAUAUUUAUACUGAUAUGACUCAAUAAAUUUGUCUGAUAUCCCACGCUCAUGUGUUUGAAUCAUUCAAUGUCCCAGUAUCCCUAAACAAUUCCAUUAAAUAGACCCCCAAAUAAAUAUGUUGUUUGUUUGCUCAAGGCUCAACAUCAGUUUAAAAUAUCAAAAUGAUUCAAAAUUUUAAUUUUAAUUAAAAAAAGACAAACAUGUAUACCUUUGGUGCACUAUAUAAUUCUAUUUUUACAAUAUGAUAAUGUCAACAGAUUUGGCUAUGAUGAUAUAUCUUGUAGACAGGUCAUCUUUUAUGCGGCAACAAUGAAUAGGCCAGAGUAAAAUCGUGCGAUUAACUGUAACUAAAAACGUGCUUUCUGAAUAGAUACUUUAACGUGAGGUGUGAAGCCUUGGAUAUGGUGUGCAACAACAGCUGAAAGAUGUCACUAUUUAUCAUUAUGGAAAUCUGACGGACCCUCGCUGUGACGCUGACAGUUUGGGUGAAAAAUAAAUAAAUAACUAAACAGGAGAGGAACGAGUAUGUUUUAAAGUGUGGAUCCAAAUUGCUAAAAGAGGCAUGACGUUUCCUUUGCCUUGGGCAGUUGGCCUGGGUACACUGCAGGUGCUCAGAGGCAAAAUUUUCCCGUGGUAUCCACUCGUGUUCUAUGUACCCAGUUGUCUCUACGUCAGCUCUCGCAGUUAUUAAGAGGUAGCCCAAACACAUGUCCAAUGUAAACUCAUGAAGAGCUCUUGGAGGCUAAUAUCUUGGAUGGACUGACUGGAAUCACAGGCUGCCAAAACCCUUAAAGCAUCUUUUGGAAGAGCGCCGACGGAGCGGAAGAAAAAGGCUGAUGCACUGGAUCUUUUCAGGUUGACAUGGACUAACCUAAUCCAGGGAGAGCAUCUGCACCUCUUUCACUCUGUAGACUGAUGUCCACCACCCUGUCCCCUUUCUGCUGGCCUCCAGCAUCUAUACGUGGCUUAGAGCAGAGGAACGUUUAAGCUAUGAAGUCCAUCACAAAAAAAGAACAGAACAGUUUCAGUUGGAAGGUUCCUUACCAAGGGCGCCACUUUGCUGUUUUGGUACAACCUUUUAACAGUAUCCUCAGCUGGAUUCUUCUGCUGUGGUGAGCAAGGAGCAUCCAUCUACAAGAAAAAAAAAGACAUUUGAAAUAUCUCACAUUUUCUCUUUUAAUAAUAUCUCUAAUAAUAUUAAUAUUUUUAUUAAUGCGGACAUCUCAUAGAUGCAGUUGUUUUUAUACAGGGGUCAUGAUAUUUGCUAAAAUUUAAAACAUAUCAACCUUUCAAGUAAUGAGGACUACAUGAUGAAAACAUCAUGAAAGCCUUUCAAGCAAUGAGGACCAUUUCUCAUAAGUCAGUUUUCAACAUAUUACCCAUAUUACUAAGACAUUUUUUAAAGAUUUGAUCUUCAGUAUGUGAUUAAUCGCACAUUUAAUCUUGAAAUUAAACAUAUGCCAUUUGUGUUGAACGCAUCAGUUGCUAUUUCCAGCAAAGUAAACCAUAAAUUGUAGGGUGAUUCUCACAAAAAUUUAGGCCUUUUUUUAAAGUUUUAAAGUAAAUUCUUUCAAAAAAAAAAAAAAAAAAAAGGA